AUGAGAUUCGAUCCCAACGCCGACGCUUCUGCGUUGCCUAAACGCUCCGAGCUGCCAUUUAUCCCUGGUGCGCCCCCCGGCGCUGCGUGGUUCUGGGGCCCAGAAGACCAACAUGGCCGUCUGAACCUGUUGACGCAGGAAAGACUUCUAAAGACAGUCGGAGAAUGCGUCAAGACGGGACAGGUAAUCAACUUGAGCUUGCCAUACGACAUUCCCGGCCCGGCGCUUUUCAAGCGGGAAACAUUCCACCACAAGGUCAUCAAGAUGGCACCUGGGAUUUACGAUGAAGUGUUCGAGCUGAACCCCCAGUCGAGCAGCCAGUGGGACGGGUUCCGUCAUAUGGCACAUCCCGAGACAAAGCUCUUCUACAACGGGCUUACGAGUGAAGAGAUUGACCAAGUAGAUAAGAAGGGGAACCUCGUAUCUCCUCGCUGCGGCGCAGGCGCAUGGGGCGAGACCGGUAUCGUCGGCCGAGGUGUCCUUCUCGACAUGUACACCUGGUCGGGAGAGUCGUACGACCCUUUCACCACCCAUCCGAUCACGAGGGCAGACCUCGAGGCAUGCGCCAAGAGCCAAGGCAUCACCUUCCAGACGGGCGACAUCCUCUUCAUCCGCGCGGGUUGGGUGAAGAAGUACAUGUCCCUGGAUACCGCCGAGCGGGAGAAGCUGGCGGCUCUUCCGGGCGCUUUCGACCACACGUACGCCGGCAUCGAUGCCACGCCCCAAAUGGUGGAUUUCUUGCACGACCACUACUUUGCGGCCGCCGUGUCGGACCAGAUCUGCUUCGAGAUGUGGCCACCCAAGUCGCUGGCCGAGUCGCUCCACGCCUUCAUGCUCCCCCUAUGGGGCAUGCCCAUUGGCGAACUGUUCGACCUGGAAAAGUUGAGCGAGGUCUGCCGGACGGAAAAGAGAUACACCUUUCUCCUGUCGAGCUCACCGGCCGUUGUUCGAGGAAGCAUUGGCAGUCCAGCGAAUUCUAUUGCCAUUCUCUGAUCAAGUAAAGCCUCAAGCGCGACGGCGCGACGGCGCGUCGGGACUGCUCUGGGGGUUUACCCCCUUUUUCCCGCCCCAACCACAUAUAACACAU